CUUACUCUAACUCGAGCGGUGGAGUGACGAGUUAUAUUAUUCGUUAACUUGUUUCCCUCAAAUAACAUGGUGUAAACUGUUAUUGGUGAGUCAGUGUUAUAAAUAUGUAAUACUGUGGAAAAGAACGUCCUAUUGAGGUAACUGUGAGGAGAAAAGAGUAAAGAAUAACCCCAGAUUGAUAGUCGUGUGGAUUCUGUUGGCUGUGAUAUUCAAGGCAAGAAAAGGGAAACUGACAAAUUUGUGUGUGUAGAAAAUACAAAUUUUGGAACUACUGUACUGUAAUUACAGUACAGAUAUGUCCUUCCAAUAUAUUGUGUAAGAAGACAAAACUGUAGACUUUAUAAAGAAGUGGAAAUAACAUGAGGCAAAAUUGUGGUGGUUGAAUGCAAAUGUACAGUGAAGAGGAAAAUAGAAUAUGAAAUGACAGUUCUCUAUUUACCCACAAGAAUGUAAAGCAUUAGGUUACUGACCCAGAAACAAGACUCGGGUAAUCUGCUUUGUUGGUUGAAAUUGUCAAGGCAGAGGCAGUCCUUAGACUCAGAGAAACAUAGAUAUGGACAAAGUAAUGAAACAGGUGCAUAAAAAAAAUUAACCACUGAGUCUCAAAUCCUCUUCGCUCUUGGAAAAAAAAACGUCAAAGCCAAGACCUGAAAAUGGUGGGUUAGUGAAGAAAGAAGACCAUGGCUGUGUGUACUAAAAUUUAUUAAAAAAAAAAGAAAAGAUUAGCCACAUUACCAAGCGGAUGAUAAAGAACCAAUAAAAAAUUUGAAAACAUGUCUGAAGAAGAAUAUGAUAAGAGUGACUCGCCAAAGCAGGUCAAGAAGUUGAAGUCCACGAUGGGGGACCAACCAAAGAUUAUGGUGUUCCGCCCAACCUGGGAGGAGUUCAAGGACUUCACUUCCUACAUCACUUAUAUUGAGUCUCAGGGAGCUAAUAAGGCUGGCUUGGCAAAGAUCAUCCCACCGUCAGAAUGGUGUCCCCGCAAGAGUGGGUAUAACGUUGAAGCUCUGGACCUUACGAUUCCAGCUCCCAUUUGCCAGGUUGUGACUGGUAAACAGGGACUCUACCAACAGAUUAACAUUCAGAAAAAACCUAUGACUGUUCAGGAAUUCAAUGAAUUGGCCAACAAUGACAGGUAUCGAACACCCAAACACUCUUCAUACGAAGAUUUGGAACGAAAAUACUGGAAAAACAUUACUUAUGUUUCUCCAAUAUACGGGGCUGAUGUUUCAGGCAGCAUUACAGAUCCUGAUGUGAAGGAAUGGAACAUCAAUAAUUUGGGGUCAAUAUUGGAUUAUGUGAAUGAGGACUAUGGUAUCAGCAUCGAUGGAGUUAAUACAGCAUACCUCUACUUUGGUAUGUGGAAGACCACAUUUGCUUGGCACACAGAAGACAUGGAUUUGUAUAGCAUUAACUACCUUCAUUUUGGAUCACCCAAGACCUGGUACGCCAUACCGCCAGAGCAUGGACGUAGGUUGGAACGAUUGGCUAACGGCUUUUUUCCCAAUUCGUUUAAAGCGUGUCCUGCUUAUCUGCGCCACAAGAUGUCUCUGAUGUCUCCGCAAAUUCUCAAACAAUAUUCCAUCCCGUAUGACAAGAUCACACAGGAGGCUGGACACAUCAUGAUCACUUUCCCAUAUGGCUACCAUGCUGGGUUUAACCAUGGAUUCAACUGUGCUGAGUCAACCAAUUUUGCCAUGCCAAGAUGGGUAGAGUAUGGCAAGAGAGCUACCCAAUGCCAGUGCCGUGGUGACAUGGUGAAGAUCUCCAUGGACACAUUUGUGAAGCGGUUUCAACCAGAGCGAUAUGAACUUUGGUUAGCUGGCAAGGAUAUUGGUCCUCACCCAGAAGAUCCUUCUCGGUCCUCAGCUGCCGCCCAGCCCUCCAUAAAUGACGUGCUUUGCAACAAAAAGAAUGUCACUCCAUCCCCCCUGAUCGAGCAGCUGCUGAAACAGUCUCCUAAGAAGAAGAAGCUCAAGCGUCACCCUAUCCACCAGAACAAGAAUGAAGAGGAGUUGAUAUUCCACGGGGAGGAGGUGGAUGAGGAGCUGUCUCAGGUUCUCGAUGACAUCUAUGCCAAAGCCGGAGAAUCAUAUUCUUCUCCAACAGACACAGAUUAUACCCCAGAAAAACGGAGUUACUCUAGCUUUCCUGGGACAUAUUCAAAGAAGAAAAAGAAAUAUGAUGGAGAAAGGGGAGGCAUCCCAUCAGCUAUGGCUGGGUCUGGGAGUCUCCUGAUUAAGAAAGAGGACAUGGCUAACUAUGAAAGAGACAGAGAGAGUGGUUUGCAACAUGAAUUGGGUCAGGUACUGUCUGAUAUCGAGGGUUUCAUGGAAGUGAAGAUGGAAAAUGGAUCUCGAAUGUUGAAACCAAUAAAGCUUAGUAAUGGAAAACCAAGAGCAAACAAAACAAAGGUGCCAAGAACAAAUGUAAUGAAAGUUCAAAAAGUAAACUAUUCAAAAUAUGCAGGAUACAGAUUUAUGCCCAACCAGAAAUUCCAGGCUUCGAAUUACCCAGAAACCCCCGAGGACCUGUAUGAGAAGUUACGUAUGGCAGGAACAACCAUCACAAGACCUGUUGGUGUGAGUAAUCUUUCUUCAGCCUCAAAGAUAGGAGUUCAGAAACCAGGAAUGCAAAUAAAACAGCAAAGCAAUGUCCAAAAUCGUCCCAUUCACCCCACUGGACCUGCUGGCAGAGGUACAAAUCCAGCUUUGUUAAGAAUGAAACCAGUAUCAGCCCCAGAAGCAAUUGCCAGAAAAUUUUUACCUUCAUCAUCGUCUGUUGUGGUGCAAUACAAACCCCACGUCAACCCACGAGGUCGACCGGCCAAGAUGAAAGUUCCUGGCCAGAGAAAUUCAGUGAAGAAAAUUAAUAUUAAUGCAAAUGCACUAAUGAGAACUAACAUUCCAAAGUUUGCUGGACAGGGAGGUACUAAUGAGGCAACAUUCACUGGCUUUGCAAAUUCUCCCCAUAUUCAAAAACAAUUUUCCGGCAAUAUUGGAAAAGUAGCAACAGUUCCAAAGAAGAUACAUGUUAUGCAGAAAGGAACACUUGGAAACUCUGGAGAAAUUGUUUGUACCCCAGAUGUACUUGGAUUGCUUGCGUCUGUUUCAGAAACUGAGAAAGCCAUGAAACCAGCAUCCUCUCUCAAAUCUACUACUCAGGUUUCAGAAAUGGUGCAAUCAAAAACUCAUUGGGAACAACAGCCUCAGACAUCCAUCCAUCCACAACCACAGAAACCUGUCCACAAAACAGUCACGACAACAAUUGGUGAACAGGCAUCAACGUCUGCAAAUGAACCAUUAAAAUCUGAAGAACCGGCUCAAAAAACUGCAGAAGACCAGAUAACAAAUCCUUCAAUGGAAUUUACCCAGCAGGCACAGCAAUCUAUGGAGAAUGGAGAACUGCAUCCCACUUCUACAGGAAAUAGGUCUCCAAAAGGGCAAACAAUGCCUCCCUUGGAACCAUUAGAGGAGCCUGUGUCAAAUUUGAAGGAGACAGAGGUUCUAAAAGAGGAACAGUUAUUGACACCUGAACACAAGCAUAUGCAGAUGCAUGUUCCCUUGCAGAUUCCAGUACCAACACUCCAACAUAUUCAGGCACCAACAUCUUUUCAGACUCAAACUUCAGCUUCCAUGCAUAUACAGGCAUCAGAAGUACCUAAUCAUAUCCAGGUAACAGCACCCAUGCAUACACAGGUACCAGAAAUACCCAUUCAUACCCAGGUAACAGCACCCAUGCAUACACAGGUACCAGAAAUACCCAUUCAUACCCAGGUAACAGCAUCCAUGCAUACACAGGUAUCAGAAAUACCCAUUCAUAUCCAAGUAACAGCACCCAUGCAUACACAGGCAUCAGAAAUACCCAUUCAUACCCAGGUAACAGCACCCAUGCAUACACAAGCAUCAGAAAUACCCAUUUAUACCCAGGUAACAGCACCCAUGCAUACACAGGCAUCAGAAAUACCCAUUCAUUUACAGCCAUCACCACACAUGAUUACAGCUCCCAUGCAUCCAGCUAUUCCUACACAAGAACCAACACCUGUGUAUACACAGGCACAGUCAGUUUUGCAGACUCCAUUACAUUCAAUCACUGAAGCACAGACAUCACCUGCAAUGCAGACGCCACCCUUUACUAUGCCUCUCCAGAUGCAACCUCCUUCGUCCAUGCAUGGGCCACCAUUGACCUCCAUGCUUCCUCAAUCUCUGUCACACAUGCAUUCUUCAAUGCUGUCCACAAUGCAUUCACCCUCACUACCACCUGUACAUCCUCAACUUCUGGCGCCAAUGGCUGCACACUCGCUGGCACCCAUGCAUUCACAGUUACAUCCCUCCAUUCACAUGCCACCUCAUAUGUCUGCAGCAUCAGUGCACAUGCAUCUCCAGACCCCCCCACCACCACACUCAUCGCCUCACCAUGCAACAUCGUCACAGAUACCAUUCAUGCAAACACUGUCCCAUAUUCCACCCACUGACACCUCAAAGGCAGCAUUACAGCGAUUUUCUCACAGCCCAGACUCGCAAGCAGUGUCUAGAUAAAGGAAUUCACCUUCCAAUCAAAACCGUACAAAUGGAUAUUAGUCUUAGAUAUUGUUUGAGGUAGGUAAGUGUAUAGACUAAUGAAUAAUACUGUGUAUGUCCAGAUGAGGGAGUACAGUAUUCUGUAUUUUUUUUCACUGCUGUUAGGAUGGGUUCUCAAUUUUAGUAUCCUUGUUUUCUAGUGUUCAGUAAAUGAGCUAUGAAAAUAUUAAUGAAUCAGAUAAAGUUUAAUUGUUUUAUGAUAUUUCUUAGAUUUGAAAACAUGAUAUUUAUUGGCAUGCAUAAUAGCCAAAGGGCAAGCUACCUCAGUGCAUAUGUUUUUUUUGUUUUUUUGUUGUUGUAAGGUGACUUACAUUUUACAUUAGUAGAAAUUUAAAAUGAGUGACAGCCAUUAUUAGUGUCAUGAAAGUUGAAAACAUAACGAGGCACUGGUGGAGCUGGAGAUGAAUAAUGAAAUUUGGCCGAUGUUUAUGUUAUUAGACCUGAUCUAGCUUAUUUAGUUUGUGUUUAGAAUUGUGUGAAUUUAAUAUUAGUAGAUAAUAAAACAAUGAUAGAAUGAGUAGUUUUACACUUCAGAAAUUAUAUUGUCAAAAAGAAAUUCAUUUUUUAUAAAGAAAGUUUUAUUAAGGUCCUAUGGCAAAGGCAUGUGUGGAAUAAUUUGACAUAAUCUUCUGCAUCUGAUCUCAUUGCUGGAAGUAGUUAUCUAACUCUUACUUGAUAACAUGCUUUUCAUUACUGUUAAUAAAUCAUGUUUUUCAAAAUGAACUUAAUUUAAAAUGACUUGGCAUCUCCAUAUAUGCAAAUACAGUUGUUCUAAAUACAUGAUUCAUCAUCUUCAGUAGAUCAAAUUUUAUCAGAAAAAAAAUCUUCAUUUGGCUUACUGUUCAUUAUUGACUAGAAAUACAUUUUAUAGUAUUAUCAUUAUUAACACUGGUGCAACAUUACACCAUGAUUCUUGGGUAAAUGUAAUUGAUGAACACCCUUCCUCAUCCCCCUGUAUUUUCAUGAACUUGUAAAUCUCUUCAUUGACUUGUAACUUAACAUCAUUCGUAAUGUACAUCUCAUUUUUGCUGCCUUUGUUAUUUGUAUCGUCUCAUUACUUUGUAUGUAGAUUUCUGUUAAGUUCUGCCCCAGAUAUUUUUUCUUGUGAAUUAUUGUGAUUCUGGUAUAUAGUAUUGAGCAAGGUACAUGUUUGAGCUAAUUAUGUGGUAGCCUAAAAGAACAACUUCUAGAACUCUUCAGCACACAUUUCUGUUGCUUCAGUCUCAUAAACACAUGAAGGUGCAUUGCAGAUAGUGGAGGAAAUGUUUGGUGAAAGUUCUACUCGUGACCACAUCAGGCCCCAGAGGAAAGCAUGCGUCAAAGAUGUAAAAGAAUGCUCCACUGGUAUACGUGGUGUGACAGCCAGUCUCACAGUAAUAGAUUCUUUGUGUGUAGAACAUCAGUAUUUAUGAUUAUUAUUUAUGUUCUGAACAAUCUAUUUGAUAAACAGUAGAUAGAGUAUCUUGUACAUUGAUAUUUUACCUGCACUUCUUUAACAGAGGUUAAUGUUAAAAGGAACGACCCUGGACCAAAUUAAGAUAUUUUGACUCCUUGUAUUUUAGGUGAGCAUUCCCCCUUAACUCAUUGCUUGCCUAUGUCUUAUUUCCCCAUGAAAUUGAAUAUGUAAUGGAAACAGAUGUGCACUUGGAAAUCUCCUCUCGUUGUGAUUUGGGAAAGGCUUGAGUCAAAAUAUAUUUCCUUGGUCGUCCACGGUCAUUGUUUACACUAUAGUAAAAAUGAACUAUAAUGCACCUAGUGAGUGUAAGUCAAGUGAAUUACAUGUUUUUUGGUACUUUCAUUAUAUACAAGAGUUUCUCAUUAUCAUAAAAUCACAUUAGCUACUAUCGCUGAAUUCACUUUUGCCAUACACUCACUCAGUGUCGCGUAGGCUAGUGAAUGUAAUUUAUUGUGUUGACAGACAUACUGGCAGAAAUAUCACCAUACCCAUAAACCUGUAUAUAGUGAAUCUUGUCACAUAAUUUCAUUAAAGAGAUAAUCCAUUUUA